AUGGCUGAUCCGGCUGCGUCGUUGUCCCAUCCCGGCCUCAAUGCACCGCCGGCUGCUGCUCCGGCGGCCUCCGCCGACAGAUCCUCGCUGCCCAGCAUCCAGGUCUCGGCCUCACAACCAGGUUCAUCGAGCGGCAACGUCGGCACCGACGAGCCGCGCAGUCCGGCCAGGCCCUACACGCAGAGUCUCGUCGACGCUUUCAAAACGGCGCUCGCUAAUCAGCUCAAACCCCUCAACAGGCGCCUCGAUGACCUAGCCAACGAGAUGCGCGCGCAACGUCCCUCUGCAGACGAGGCAGCCCGACGCCGCGCCGCUCAGGAGGCUGCUCGAGCUGCGGUUGUCGCAGCAUUCCGCAACCAAGGCUUCUCGCAGGAUGAGGCCGACGCCAUGGCCGCAACAGUCGGCUCUGUUCCCAGAUCGACCGCCAGCCCCGCCCCAGCCUCCAGUGCGAUGGGCGCGACAGCCGCGGCCACGCCACCGGCUAGCGCGACGAACAACGCCGCUGGCGUAGGCGGUCGAUCGCAGCGUCUUGACACGAUGGACUGGGAAUCCGUCUCCCAUCGUCAGCGCGAGACCGUGCCGGGCCGCCUGGACGGGCGCGACACAGCAUACAGGCCCUCACCUGAGGACAACCUCCGUCGUGAGCGCAACCAGGACACCUGCACCGACCGUCGUCGCGAGCGAGACCAAGAGUCUGACACCAACGGCAAGCGCUUCAACAUCAAGCCCGACAACAUCGGCGUCUUCAAUGGGCAGACGGUUACCGGCGGCGUCUCACUCGAGUUCUGGUGCAACCGGGUCGAGGCUCUGCUGGACAGCGAAUGCUCCUACGAGUACAAGCUCGCCUUGCUCAAGGUACUUCCUCUCUGCCUCCGCCACUCCGCCGCCAAGUGGUACAACGCUCUCCGUCCCGAACGUCGCCGCAAGCUCCUGCGCAGCUGGGACAAGUUCUGCGAGUCGCUCGAGAAGACCUUCGCCGGCAACCUCGACCGAGCGCGACUGGUGGCCGAUGCUCGUGUUUGGGAUUUAGCCGUGGAAGACUCGUCCAACUACUUCUGGGACAAGUACUCCCUCCUCCGCGCAGCCUACCCGGACCGCAACAACUCCUCCUUGUGCUCCGACAUCUGCGCGGGCCUUCCGGACUCCUUCAAAACGCUCAUCCGAACGACGCUGGCCAGGAACCCGGAGCCAGAGAGGCUACUGGAAGAGUGCCUCAUGUACGAGAUCCCCUGGCGCAACUCUUAG